ACACGCCUCAAAAUAACCUACCUAUGAUAUGGAACCUUCGCAAGCUUCAUCGAGUCAAUUCCGCGUUUUUGUCAUUUUCAUGGCGUAGUCAAUUGCUUCAUUUCCUUGAUCUCAUGCUCUCGCCCACAAGAUAUGAUUUAGAAUUCCUCCUAUCUAAGACCUAUCUCUGAUCCAUCUCCGGUAGCAAGCACAGCCAUGGCCAACUCUUUCUUCCAUGAAUUCAAGCGGCAGACCUCUCGCUUCCUCAGAUCGAACAUCAAGACAGCAAGAUUAGUCUUCACCGAUGUCACUCUGGCAGAGCUGCUGGCCGAGGAAGCAACAAGAACCAAGCCAUGGCCGCCGCGGGACACGAGGGCGCUGCGUGUCAUUUCACGGGCUGCUUUCGAGGUCGAUGAUUUCUGGAGGGUUGCGGAGGUUCUGCACAAGAGGUUCAAGAGAUUUGAUAGGAAGCGAUGGAGGAAAGCAUACAAGGCUAUGAUACUUCUCGAACAUCUGCUGACUCAUGGGCCACUGAGCUUUGCGGACGAGUUGCAGAGCGAUAAGGAAGUCAUACAGCGGAUGUGCAACUUCCAGUACGUCGAUGAAAGGGGGCACAAUUGGGGAUUGACUGUGAAGAGGAAAGCAGAGAGGGUACUGAAGCUGCUAGAGAAAGGACCGUUCCUGGAAGAAGAGCGCGAUCGGCUUCGGAAGGCAACUCGGGGAAUCGAAGGUUUUGAUAGCUUCAAUUUCAGUUGGCCACUCACCAUUACUGUUGAAGAGGCCACACAAAACCACAGGAGAAGUAUUCACAGACAACAAGAUGAUGCUGGAACAGAGGAGAGGCCCUCAAAAGAAGAUUCAGAUGACAGGCUAUUGCAGAUUGAGAAUGGUGGAUGCAGUGUCGGCAUGAAGGUCCAUCCAGCCGAGGAAUUAAUACCUCUUUUGUCCUGCGAAGAAGGGAGAAUGAUCCAAGUGUUGAGUCACCAAUUGUUUUGAGUACAAGAGAGAGCGGCAGUAAAGUUUGUGUGCCUCAACCCCUUUCCAGCCUUUGGGAGAGUCUGCAUUGAUGUCACUACCUUGUGAAUUGCAAUGCACUGUUCAAAUAUGUAUAGUUAGUAAUGAAUCCUUAGGUCACCAUUGGACUUGUGUACAGGGGAGAGAGAGAGAGAACCAUGUGACAUUUCUCCAGCAAGAAGAAGAGGAGGACAGCUUAAAUUCUGUCUGCUUGCCAUUAUUUUGAGGAUAUAUAAGUUAGACUUCAUCA